AUGGGUUCUAGAUUUCCAUCACAUCAGCUGAGCAAUGGCCUGUAUGUAUCUGGCCGACCUGAGCAACCUAAGGAGAAAGCCCCAACCAUUAGCUCCAAUUUGAUGCCGUACACUCAUGGUGACUUGAAGAAAUCUGGAGAGUUUGGGAAGAUGUUUGACCUCCAUGCUGACAAGUCCAGAAAAUCUGGUCCUCUGGGCAAUGCGCCUUCGAGUAAUACUUUAUUUGGGGGUGCUGCUUCCAACUCUGGACCUGUCUCUAAUGCUGGUGGCCGGUCAAACUACUCUGGUUCUCUUUCAUCUUCACUUCCUGGUGCUGGAGGAUCAGCAAGAGCAAAAUCUAACUCCGGACCAUUCAAUAAGCAUCGAGAACAAGCAAAGUGGUCAACCAGUCCCCAGUCUGGAGGUGUGACCCCAAUGGCUCGCCAGAAUUCUGGCCCUCUACCUCCAGUGCUUCCUACAACUGGGCUUAUCACAUCUGGCCCUCAUUCUUCCGGGCCACUGAAUUCGUCUGGUGCUCCAAGAAGAAAAGUAUCUGGAUCUCUUGAUUGUGCUGCAUCAAUGAAGGUGCAGGCUACAUCGCUUGCUCACAACCAGGCUGUUACUACUCUCACCACCGAAAGUAGUUUCUCAGUUAAGGGAAGCAUUUCGAAGUUGGUACUCUGUGGCAGGAGAGGCGUGCUCGGGUUUGUCAAUAGCUAUCCUGAUACUGAUCUCAUAACUGCAAAAGGUGGAGAGUAUGUGAAGGUUACAGGGGUUGUUACGUGUGGAAAUUUCCCACUGCAGUCCUCAUUUCAAAGGAUUCCGAGAUGUGUGUACACUUCAACUAGGCUGUAUGAGUAUAGGGGUUGGGAUUCAAAAAUUGCAAACCCCAAGCAUCGCCGGUUUACCUGGGGAUUACAGACAGCAGAGCGCUUUGCGGUAGAUUUCUACAUUUCCGAUUUUCAAUCUGGGCUUCGAGCAUUGGUGAGAACAGGAAGUGGUGCACGGGUGACACCAUAUGUCGAUGAACCGGUAGUAAUUGACAUCAAUCCUGAGAACAAGGACAUGUCUCCUGAAUUUCUAAGAUGGCUACGAGAAAGGAACCUCUCAAGUGAUGGUCGGAAAAUGCGCCUAAAAGAAGGAUACAUCAAGGAAGGAAGCACUGUGAGUGUGAUGGGGGUUGUUCAAAAGAGCGGGAGCAUGUUGAUGAUAGUACCUCCAUCGGAGCCUGUCUCAUCUGGUUGCCUGUGGGGGAAGUGCCUAUUCCCAUCGAACCUUGACGGACUAGUCUUGAGAUGUGAAGAUACUUCAGACAUGGAUGUCAUACCAGUAUAG